AUGGCUGAUAUCCAAACAUACGAUGACCGUGAUCCCAGUGUCGUGUAUAGCGGCGGAGAUUGGCAAAAAGGUGGAACUGAAAACGAAUACUUCCAAACAACAAGUUACGUUCGCAAUGCUACUGGCUCCACUGCAACUUUCAAGUUCACUGGGACAAGUGUCAGUGUAUUUGGUACCCUUGAUAGCGCAGACUUGGGUCGUGGCACUCCCAUUUCUUCAUACCGCAUUGAUAAUGGACAACCAGUUAUUUACACAGGACCCACGCCAGACUCAGAACAGUACAAACAGCAGUUUUUUCAGUCGCCUACAUUGCCGCCGGGGCCACACACGCUGGUUAUUGUUGUCCAGUCAGAGGCAGGAUAUUACCUCGACUAUUUCACCGUCACCCCAGACCCUGUCGUCGUAGUAAGCUCUUCCGCACCUCUGGCAUCUUCUUCCAGUGAGUCAUCUUCUCCUGUACCUAACACCAACCACAACCCUUCCACCUCUGCUUUCUCCACAUCUACCACAUCCACUACUACAUCAUCAUGGUCAUCAUUCACCACAACCUCCUCAUCACAUCCCUCCGAUUUCACAAACACGUUUACAUCAUCUGCAACAUUAUCAGGAGCAUCCACCUCCUCUGGUCCUGGCGCUACAUCGACACCAGAACAAAGUUCAAGAAGCACGGUAGAAUCUUCGAAAGUUGGCAUCGCUGUAGGGGGGGCGAUAGGUGGUCUUGCUCUCCUCUUGGUCGCAUUCAUUACGGCAUUAUGCAUGCGAAGGCAGCUGAGAGCUAAACAUUCGACUCGCUUACCGGAUAAUAAUCAGAAUCAAGCUGAAAUGAAUAGCCAUAAUCCAUAUUCACAGGUCUCCGUGUCACCUUUCGUUAACUCCCCACCCCCACAAACAGUUUCCAGCUCUGAACUGGGUAUGGAUUCUGCUCGGAAGCCAACUCCUGGGAUCAUUCCCCCAUCAAAAGCCAUGAUGGCGAGGCCCACAGCUGGCACUGCAGUGCGGCAUGUAGCUUCUGACUCUAUGGGAAGUGUGUCAGUCCUCAAUCAGAGCCCUAAUGACAACGAGGAGUUGGCAAGGACAUCAAAUAGCGACCGUCAAUCACGGCCCUAUUCACUUCCUCCAAUGUAUGAGCAGCUCUGA